AUGCUUGCCCGAGUGAAGAGUUCGCCCUUGAGCCCUGAGUCUCUGCAGAAACCCAGCGACAGCCUCGAUGGUACCGCUGUCUCCAGCUCUAGCUUCAGUGACACCCCCAGGGCCAGUGGUACCUGCAGCCCUUCCAGUACUACUUGUGCCUGGACCCACACUAGCUUCUCUGCCCAGCCAGAACAAAGUGUGGGAAACCUACGAUGUUCACACAAGAAGCAAUGCAAAAUAAAAAAGAAGAUCUUUUGGGGUAUCCAGGUAGUUGAAGCACUGGUUUGGAAGAACUGGGAGCUGGGCAAGGAGGUCAUCAAACAUCUGACUUUGAAAAAUAUAAGUAUGAAAAUCCAGAAGCUGAAAUACAGGCUUCCCACCACUAAGUUCUUCUUCACAGUGUACCCACAAUCCAUCUUCUUGAGCCCUGGGAUGUCCUUUACUCUUCCUGUAUUCUUCCGGCCCUUGGAAGAGAAGGAGUAUGUGGACCAUCUAAGUUUUGUGAUGCCAGAAGGUGAGUUUUCAAUAGAGCUCAGGGCCUGCCUGCCUUCUCAUCAGUUGACCUGCAUCCCAACACUACAGAUGCCUUUGUGUGCUGUGUCUGAUACCACCGAGGCCUGGUUCAGUCUCUACAAUGUGGGUGACCUGCCUACAUUCUUCACCUGGGAAGUCCCCAACCCAUUCCAUACCUUACCCAGCACCGGGUUGUUAGAGCCAGGAUCAGUCUGUCAGAUCAAGCUUGUAUUCCAGCCUAUUGUUGCCCUCAUCUAUGAUGUCCAGGGCAUCUGUUGGUAUGGAGAAGCCGGGGAACAGAAAACUACCAUCCAAAUCCAGGCCGUUGCUAAAUGUCCCCAGAUAAUGGUAUAUGUAAACAGAAAGGAGGAUGAGGAGAUUGACCCAAUAUCCUUCCAGAAAGUGGUUGAUUUUGGUCCUUCCCCGGUGGGCUACUCCAUGAAGAAGUGUAUCCAGAUGUUUAAUCCAUCUUUGGUGAAUGCUCCAUUCCGGAUUGAGACUAACCGGAUCCUGUAUGAAGAUGACCGAGUAUUCUCCUCCCCAACCACCAAAGGAGUUGUGAAAGCUGGGGCAGAGUUGUGGCUGCCUCUCUUCUUCCGUCCCCAGACUGUAGGCUUAAAGAGCAUGGACUACUUUACAAUUUUACUACCUGGGAACACCUCUCAAGUCACCUUCAAAAUAACUGGUUCAUGCAUAGGCCCUGAUUUGUCCCUGAGUCAGUACUGUAUUGAUUUCAACUGGAUCAGCUUAGGCCAGCGUGCCACAAAAUCCCUAUUUAUCCAAAAUGAUUCUGAUUGCCCUGGUUUCUUCAUGUUUGAGAUUGAUAACCAAGCGAGUGUCUUCUCUGUGGAACCUCAAAGUGGAGUCUUGGCCAGUAAGGAACGCAAAAUGUUGACCAUCACCUUCCAGCCCACACACACCAUCAUCUGCUACAGAAGGGUGGCAUGUCUGAUCCAUCACCAGGACCCACUGUUCUUGGAUAUCAUUGGAACCUGCCACUCUGACACUUCCAAGCCAGCCAUCUUGAGACCCCGGCACCUUAAGUGGUAUCGCACCCACAUGGCACGAGGGCUGAUACUGUUUGCACCAGAUAUAUUGGGCACUAUGCUGAGGGAGAAGAAGUUCAUUCGGGAUGCAGAUGGGGCACUCGUGCUGCGCCAAGAGAUCUCUGGAAGUUCACAACCUGCAAAAUAUCCAUCGAUUCCACCCUUAACAGAAUAUUUCCUUGAUGGAACCAGUGACACUGCUAUCUUCCCUCCAACAGUCACCAUAGAGCCUGUUAUAGUGAACUUUGGCAAGUGCUCUAGUAAUGAGGCACCGGAUCCUGUACCACUCUGCUUGACCAAUCACACCAGAGGCACAGUUACAGUUGCCUGGACUCAUAAAGUCACCAGUCCCUUCCGGGUGGAGCCUGACAUCAUUGACAUCCCCCCACUCAAGAACACAGCCGCCCGCCUAUGUUUCCAGCCUCAAUUCCCCAACAAAAUCUAUGCCACCGAACUUGAGGCCUUUGCCUACUACAGGGUCCUAAGGAGCUUCAACAACAUAGAAGAAGACUGCACUGUGUUUCCAUCUUGGUGUCUUAAACUGAGAGCCAUGGGGCAUACCUACACGGAGGAGCAGGAGUACAGUUUCCCCCGUUAUACCAUAGAUGUCCCCAAGCUUUUCUCAGCAGUCUCUUCCAAGUGCACAAGCUACCGGACCUUGCUGCUCUUCAACAGUGGAUCCUUGAUGCUCUCCUUUGAGCUUCUGCCAACUAGCUGCCCAAACAUCACUGUCCGACCCACCUCAGGCUUCCUCCUCCCUGGGGCCUACCAGAUCUUCCUCCUUUCCACCAUCCCCAAGGGGGCCACCUGGAAACAGCACAAAUUAGCCCUUCAGUUCAACUUUUGCCCCAAGUAUAUUAAGGAAAUCAUAAUGAUGAGCCGAGAAGAGCCACUCGAGAUACAGAUGGAAUCGGGCAAAAUCCUCUAUUUCAAGCCUACUUGUGUAGGAAGCUCUUCCACCAUGCCCUUCAAAGUCCGAAACACCACCCGCCUGCCCCUGACUUUUGAGUGGAAGUUUACCUACCACAGCAGCAAGGUGGUAUCCGUCCAGCCAUCCAAAGGGACCAUCCUACCCAAUGAGUCCAUGAUUCAUACAUGGACCUUCAGCCCUAAUGUUACUACCGACUACCUGAUCCGGGCUGUCUUGUGGGUGUGGGAUGCAGGAGCCCCUUGUCUUCCUUUUCCCAGCCCUCCUCCUUCCAGUGUUCCUUCUACCACUAUUCCUUCUUGCAUGGCAAUUCCUUCCAGUGUUCCUCCUUCCACUGCUCCUUCUUCCAGCCUUCCUCCUUCCAAAGUUCCUCUUUCCACUGGUGUUCCUGCUCGCCAUUCUCCUUCCAAUAUUCCUCCUCCUGUCCCUUCUAAUUCCCGCCUUCCUCUUUCUUCUGAUCCCCCUUCCAACAUUCCUCCUUCCAUUCUUCUUCCUUCGGGCCUUCCUCCUUUUGAAACAAGUCACUACGUACUGAAACUCGUUGGGGAAGGCAUCAAGGCCUCCAUUACUGCAAAAGAAAAGGAACUGGACUUUGGGAAUGUGCUUGUGGACAGUGAGCAGAGGAAGGAUAUGAUCCUGCUGAAUGAUGGGAACUGCACCCUUCACUACCGCCUGUUUGUGGAGCAGACAUUGAGUGGGCCCUGUGAUCCAGAUGUGUUGAAGACCGACCCAAUAAUUCUGAAACUGGAAAAAAUGGAGGGAAUGUUGUGUGCCCGGUCCCAGGAAACCAUCUGCCUUACCGCCUGCCCUACUCGUCGGCUGCAAUAUACUUGGACCAUCAGAUGCUCCCUCCUCUCCCACAAAGACCGUGAAUGUAGUGGAAGGGAAGUCAUAUGCAAGGCAACAAUGAAGGGUGUAUACCCAACCCUCUCAAUUUUGGAUGCCUGUGGAAUGGGCAGUGCUGGGGGCAUUACUCGACAGCAUCUGUGGCGGCUUUUCUCCUUAGAAACUCUCAACAGCUACCUGGAGCGGGACCCUACUUCUUGGGAGCUCACCUAUAGGGUGCCCACCAGACACAGCACAAGCAGGAUUCCCUCCAUCUACACUCCUUUGUUGCUUGAUUUCAAUUUCGGGGCUUCACCCAUUGGAACAGAGCCCUCAGUGGUAUUCCUUUUGCUGAAGAACAGUGGCGUGGUGCCCUUGAACUGGUCUUUCCUGUUCCCCAGUGACCAGCAAAUAGAUCUGGAGUUCUGGGCAGAAAAGACGGAGUUUGACUUUACUGAGUUACAUCAGAUGCGCGUCCAGGACAACGAGAUCUUCUCCAUUGUCCCCAAGUCAGGACAUCUGCAACCUGGGCAGGAGCAGACAGUGGAAUUCAUAUACAGACACAUCUUCGAUGGUACCGAUAAGCUGCCUGUGCUGCUCAAAGUGUCCAAUGGCCGGGAGAUUCUGCUGAACUUUGUAGGAGUGACAGUGAAGGCAGGAGAGAAGUAUGUCCACUUCACAUCCAUCAAACACCGGUUUACCCCAGUGACCAUUGGCACUUCCCUUCCCCCACGUCAGAUUUUUGAACUCUAUAACGGGGGCUCAGUGCCUGUGCUAUAUGACAUCCAGUUGGACGCUCUGUGGAAUGUCCAGAAUAAAAAUUUCCAGCAUCCCAUCUUCCAGUGUCUCAAUCCCCAUGGAGAUAUCCAGCCUGGCAAGACUACGCAAGUCUUCUGGAUCUUCUCACCAAUAGAGGCUAAGACCUAUACUGUGGAUGUCCCCAUCCACAUUCUGGGUUGGAAUUCAGCCGUCAUCAGGUUUGAAGGUGUGGGUUAUGAUCGCUUCAUCAUGGGAAAUACGGCCCCAUUCCACAGUAUCACCACCACUGAUCAAACUCCAACAGUCACAAGACUGAUUGUGCCUGGCCAGGUUGCAUUCUUGUCCCAGUCUCGAAUUUCCCUGGGCAAUAUCCCUGUGUGCUCCAGAUCCAGCCGCCUCAUAUUCCUCAACAAUGCCUCAGAGAAAGAUCCCAUCAUCUUCUCCUGGGACCUAGAAGCAUCGAGUAUAAUAGAGAACGUGAUACUGAAGGUGUCACCCAUGAUGGGAACGGCGGCUCCUGGGGAGAACAUCCCUUGUGUGGUGACCAUGGAGGCUUCACAGCAUGCCUGUUUCUACAGCUUAGACUUGGUCUGCAAGGUUUACCUACAAAAAACCCUGAACCAGUAUGAAAUCGAGCUGCAGGCAUGGGAGAAGGAAAAGGCCCGGCAGGAGGUGGAAUUCACAAUCACAGAAAAUAAUCUGGAGGGACUACUUCAAUUCCAGAGCCCUGGUAAAUUCUGUACAGUAUGUGAUCCUGGAAGGAAGUAUAAGACUUUGCCCCCCAUACAGAAACAACAGCCCUAUACCCCACCAGUCACCUGGAAUCUAAGGAACCCCAAGACUGGGCAGAUCUGGCUCUACCCUGAAGCACCUAAACCCUGCCUGCUCUACCUGGGCCUCAAUGCCCGAGCACAUAACAUGGAUGACUUCCUGAGGAACUUCUUCUCCCAAUCCCCCCGCUUCUUCUUCUGUCCGCCCUUCGAAGAGAAGAAAAGUGAGGGAGAAUCCAUCAUGGUGGAGGAAGAACCUGUUCAGAGUACAUUUUCUAAGCAGGAGAAGCAGAUUGUGAGAGACAUCCUGACCAUAAUUAUCAGGGGCUUGCUAGAAGAUAGGAAAUUCCAUGAAGAUGUGCAACGUGGCCUGGUGGAAGCUAUUCCUUACUUCAGUCAGUUCUGGAGUGAAGAUUCUGCUCGGAUGCGAAACCAGAAAUAUAGCUCAGGUCAUGCCUCUGUUUCUCCUUCCUAUGAGGGAGAGGAGGAAGAAGCAAUUCAACGUGAGGACAAGGAGGAAGACACAGGAGAAGAGGAAUCCUGGGACAAAGGAAAGAUAUUUGAGUCCCUGGAUGGGAGUCUGUCUCCAACCAGCAGCAUCCAGAAAAGGGGUCUGGGUUCCAUGCUGUCAGAAAUGAACAACAUCCUGCAGGAAGAGAGCAGCAGGAUGGAAAAGGAGGUCAUCUCCCGGCGGCCCAGUUUCCUGAGUCUUCGCCAGUCAAUAUUGGAAAACAUAAUCCAGAACAUCAUGAUUGAGGCCAGUCGUGGGGAGGUAGUGCUGACUACGAAGCCCCGAGUAAUAGCCCUCCCUCCGCAGCAGCCUCUGGUCUUGGCCAGUGAGUCAAGCCCAGAAUUAAAGCCCCGUAGACUCUCCAGACAGAACCGAGGCUUUGGCCCCCUCCAAGUGCCUCGGCUUCAGAUCAACUCCGGUGGCGCGGAAGUGGUUACCUAG